UGCACCAUGCUUCAACCACACAACGACUGGUGUUACUGAUGUAUUGUUGGUGUCUUGUGUUUGUGUAAUCCAUACGUACACGUGAGGAAAAGCUGUGCCAAAAUCAUUGGUUGUACAAGUUGAUUAAACUAAAAAGUAUGGUGUAAAUAUUAGAGCAUUGAGGUAUCAAUUAUUGCUGGUAAAGGAAAGAAAAAUUGUGAAUUACUACUAAUAUGGAAAGGCGAAGAAAUCGGGGACUUGAAUUAGGCGUAAUAUUACUGCUUGCAGAAUUGAUGAAUGUUGGCUUUGAUCAUAUUCCACCAAUUACUUUAUGUACAAUAGCAGGACAGGUUCUGUUAUAUAUGGGUGUUAUAAAUGUCCCAUGGGAAAAAUGGGACAUUUGCAUCAGUGCAGAGUCAGUUUUAAAACACCAUGACUAUAAACGGCUUUUUUUCUCUACUUUUGAACAUGGAGAUGAUAUGCAUCUGUACUACAAUAUGAUUUCUUUUUUGGUAAAAGGUCGAUCACUAGAACGUCGCUAUGGAAGUACCAAUUUUGCUUUUCUGCUGCUUAUGAUCUCAGCUUUAACCAGUGUAAUCUAUGUGGUACUUGGUCAAUUGUUGACUAAAACUCUGCAGGAUGAGUAUUACAUGAAGACGUGUGCAAUUGGAUUUUCAGGAGUGAUAUUUGCACUGAAGGUAUUGACUAGUAGUGAGACUCCACGAGGCAGAGAAUUUGUGGGUGGUUUGUGGGUUCCAACACGCUAUGCAGCUUGGAUUGAAUUAAUAUUAAUCCAUUUACUUGUGCCAAAUGCUUCCUUCAUGGGUCAUUUGGCUGGGAUUUUGGCAGGUGUGAUCUACACGAGCACACCUGUUGGAACAAUAGCAGAUGAAUUCAUCUCAUUAUUAACAGGAGAACGAAUAAUACAUGGUGUAAGUUAUUACCAGUCGUACACAUUCUCAUAACAGGAACUUACAUAUUUUUUUUCUAUUUUGUGUGAAUUGGAAAUAAGUAAUGGUUUUUUUCCAUAUGUAUUAUAGUUAAAGAAUUUAAUAAUAAGUUAUGAUUUUUUAUAUUGUAUGAACAGGGUAUUUGAUGUAAUGAAGAAACAGAAAACAAGAUGAACAGAAUAGUGAAAGCUGUAUAUGUUUUAUAAAACUACUUAUAUUUCAAAUGUCCAAAUUUUAAAAGUAGCCAACAUCAUUUAAUAUACUCAAUGUAGCAUAAUGUUAUCAGCAUUUCCUUAAUUUUUUCAUAUAGUAUGAAAUUUAUGGUGUUUUGAAUUGCCAAAACUUUUAAAUUACUUUAAGUAUAUCAAUGAAAUGCAUCUGUUCAAGAUUUUCCAUUCAGAAAAUAUGUUUUCUGACUUGUUUAAAAGUUGUAAUAUGCUGUGUUAUAGAUGCUAAGGAUGACAAUAAAGAAGUUGUUGCUGCAUAUAAUUUAUUCCA